UUCUCUGUCAAGAUGGCGGCACCUGGUAAGGGGAAGAAGAAAGUUGUUGACCAGCAGGAGCUGCGGCGGUUAAUGAGGGAAAAGCAGCGGGCGAGCGCGGCCGGCAAGAGGAUCGACUCACCACUCGCUAAAUACAACAGUUUAGGUCAUCUCAGUUGUGUGCUUUGCAGCACACCAAUAAAAAGUGAACUGCUUUGGCAGACACACAUAUUAGGGAAACAACAUAAAGAGAACCUUGAGAAACAGAAAACUGCAGAGCAAACAACAGUACCAUCACAUGUUCAUGCAUCAACAGUUUCUGUAGGGAAAAGGAAAGUUACAGAUCCAGUAUCCCAAACAACGAAAAAGGUCAAAGCAUUCUGCGAGUCUACAACAUCCACAGGCCCUGGGUUACCACCUGAUUUUAUUAGUCCCGUGAACAAAGUCUCUCAACAGCCAAAAUCUUCACAGCAUUCUGGACUUGGAUUAUCCGUUAUUGGUUAUGAAGAAGAUAGCGAUGACAUGGUCAAAGAAGCCAAGAAAGGAAUUGUGGCCCACUCAGUCCCUCCAGCACCAAUGGAACCACAGGCUGGCCAUGGUCUACCUGCUGACUUCUUUGAUAGCACACUCGCAUCUCCAGCUGUUACUCAUUCUGGAUCCAUCCAGAAACCAGAGCAAUCAGACAAGGCAAUGGAAAGGAAAGAUAAUACAGCAGAGGCUUUACCAGAAGGAUUCUUUGAUGAUCCAGUAAAAGAUGCAAAAGUGCGGAACGUAGACCCUCCGAAAGAUCAAAUGGACAAAGAGUGGGAGGAGUUUCAGAAAGAAAUCAGACAGGUCAAUACGGUUUCAGAAGCAAUUGUAGCUGAAGAUGAUGAAGAAAUUCGUUUUGACAGACAGAUAGAAGAAAUUGAUGAACAAAUAAUGUGCUACAAGCGUAUAGAGCACUUGCGAGAUCGUCAAGAAACAGUAAAACAACUGAUGACAGCAUUGAAAGGCAAGCAGUCACAAGGUGACAAUGAAGUUGACACGGAUGAUGAAGAAGAAUUUCAGGAAUUCCUUUCAGGUGAUUGGCGUGCAAAGGGAGCCUUACUUUAGUACCCUGGAAAUUUCUGUCUCUGAUUUGAAGUAAGUUUUGUGCCAAGCUUGAAGAACAUUUGACUGAAGCUGGCAUCUUAUUGUUUGUAUCACAUGAACUGGGAAAUGAAUGAGAACAACAGCAGGUUAACACUUUGGAGAAAGUAUUCCUUUUUUUAAACCUGUAAAUAAAACUCUUUUGACGUGUCUGUACCUUGGUUGUUGGAUUAAAAUUAACUCAUUAAGUUGAA